AUGCUGCAAGGGUACGGUCACCUGUUCAGCCUUAGCCUCAGCCCAUUUCAAGUCGGCGGAAGUGCGCCGUGGAGUUGGGCAUUCCAACUGCUAUCAAAUGCGGCGGCGGGGGCGGCCACCGUCUCCGACCCCAUCAAGGAGAUCGGCCUCGUCCCGGCAAAGGCGCCAUACCUCAGCCGCCUCCUGCGCUUCCUUGCCUUCUUCGGGCUGUUCCAGGAGGAUGACGACGAGUCUGCGUCAGCUGAAAGCCAGACGGUGUACAAGCUGACUCCGACGUCGCGGCUCCUCGUCCAGGAGGCCGACAACGAUUCGACGUGCGACUUGUCCCACAUGCUGCUGCUGUUCACGCGCCCCAGCACCACUGUGUCAACCUUCUUCGACCUUGAGCGUUGGUUCAGAGAUCCAACUAGUACCAAGACUGUUUUCGAGGCGGCUCACGGUACGUCCACUUGGAGUCUCACCCAGAGCGACGCGUCGUUUAACGAUGCCAUGAACAGAGCUAGUGUGGCGGAUAGCCGAUUCACCAUGGAGGUUGUGAUCAAAGAGGCCGGUGGGUAUUUCAAGGGCCUGAAGACUCUGACGGAUGUCGGCGGCGGCCACGGCUGCUAUCGUUGCAGCCUUUCCGGACAUGCAGUGCACCGUGAUGGACCUCCAGCAAGUGGCCACGGUUUCGAGAGGGAUGAGCGUCAGUGGAAGACGAUAUUCUUGGAGGCUGGAUUCGCCAACUACACGGUGAUCCCAUUACAAGAUCCCUUAGCUAUGAUUGUGCUUCAUCAAAGUCCAUUGGUGGUGGAGACGACGGUGAAGGUGACCGGCGCCGGCGGGGCCAAGGAGGACUCGUUCCUGUCCACUGACGAGGCUGAGGCAGCGCCAUGA